AUGACGGGAGCAGGCAUGAAGCUUAAGAUCAACAAGGCAUGCGACCUCAGCUCCAUCUCCGUCCUCCCUCCCCGUAGGACCGGAGGGAGUGGCGGCGCAGGUUCCUCGGCCGCGGCCGCGGCUGUGGCGGCGGGGUCGCAGCAGCGGUCCCAGCCGCUGUCGCAGCAAUCCUUCUCGCAGGGCGCUGUGGGGAGCGGCGGCGCGUCGUCGCUCCUGCACUCGCAGUCGCAGCUAUCGCAGGCCUCCCUCGACGAGAACCUCCUCACACUCCACCUCGCUUCGCCCGCGCGCGACCAGGGAUUCAGGUUGCAUGACGACUCAUCAAAGAAGAUGACAUCGUUGCCUGUCACCUCAGCUUCUUGUGUGCGAGAAGAAUCUCAGCUGCAACUGGCAAAAACAUCAAGCAACCCUGUCCAUCGAUGGAACCCUUCUCUUCCUGAUAGUAGAUGUGUGGUUCCUGCUGAGGAUGUUGAGCGCAAAUUUCAGCAUAUGGCAAGUUCAGUGCAUAAGGUAGGGAUGGUGCUCGAUUCAGUGCAAAACGACACUAUGCAGUUAAACAGAGCCAUGAAGGAAGCUGCACUAGAUUCUGGAAGCAUACAGCAAAAGAUUGUUGUCCUCGACACUUCGAUGCAGAAAAAUCUUAAGGGACAAGGUGAUCUCAAAGUGCUUGUUGAGAGCAACACAAAAAACAUUGCUGAUCAGCUGGCUGUUCUGAACUCCCACUCCAACAAACUGGUUGAGAUAUCCUCAGCCCUUUCAGUCUUGCCGAAACAAAUAGAAAGAGAUUUAAAGCAACAACAGAGUGACAUCUUCAGAAUUUUUAGAAACAACAUGGAGGAGAUUGCUAGAGCUGUCAAAUCUCUCAACAGUAAGAUCGAUGCAAUCCAAAUGCCAACAGAGCAGAGAUGCACAACCAAUGGAAGGCCCCUGAUGAACCAACUACCAGUCGAUAGAAACGAAAGGCCUCAGGUGAACCAAACACCAGAGGUAACCCGGGUGAGCCAGACAACAGUAGCAAGCUUAGUGAACCAAGCACCAGCAGCAAAUGGAAGGCACCUGAUGAGCAAAACACCAGCAGCAAAUGGGAAAAGUGUGAUGAGACAAACACCAGCAGAAAAUGGAAGGCACCUAGUGAGCCAAACACCUGCAGCAAAUGGAAAAACUCUGAAGAGACAAACAUCAGUAACAAAUGGAAUUUCCCUGAUGAGCCAAGUACCAGCAGCAAAUGGGAAACCUGUGGUGAUCCAAAUACCAGCACCAAAAGGAAGACCUAUGAUGAGGCAGAAAACAGCAGAAAGCGGAAGGACCGAGAUGAACGAAAUACCCGUAGCAAGUGGACGACCCCAUACAAACAAAAUACCCAUAGCGGAAGUGCAUCCCGCACCUUUGGUGUGCCCUGCAAAGCAGGUAGCAACAGACCCGAAGCCCAAGGUAGACGAGGAAAAGCUGAAAGCGCUUCCCCAAAAGCUAACUAGUUCUAGAUCCAGGGUGGCACCUAAACAGGAAGAGGCGGCAAAUACAAAGGUCAUCAGCCGGGCAGCGGCAACUGAGAAGGUGGUGAUAUUCAUCGACGACUCUGACGAUGACAACGACGUCCGUGCUUCCUGCGUGAUCCUCAGGCCCUCGGGAUCAGGCAGCUUAGGUGAGAGGGAAUGCGACCUGAUGAAGGUGGGCGCGGAGGAGAGCCAGGAGAUCCCGCGGAGGGCCAGGAAGCGGAGGAGAAGAGAAAUGCAGGCCACUGUGGGUGUGGCAUGUAUGCCGCUGCCUGCCUGAGCUUCGGUAUGGUUGACUGAUUGGUAUAAUUGACUGAUUAAUUGAUGCGGUCGGUAAUUUAGAGCAGUGUUUGCACUGCACUGCAUACUCUAUAAAAGGAACAGUAGUAGAUAGGUGAACAUGAAUGAAUGAGGACAGGAAAACAAAGGAUCAGGGUUAUAUUAUGAAUAUAGUAGAGAGAAACACAGUUUUGUUGUGGUGUUUGUUGUGUUAUAAUAAAUCAUAUUGGAGGUGGGAAUGAAGUCAUUA